GUAUUACUCUGAAUACCAUUUUUUUAUUCUCUAGUUUUAAUUCAUUUGAGACUUUGAGUAAAUACCAAUAUAGUAGUUUUCACUUUAAUGAAAAAUAAUUAUAUGGAAAUGAUUUAAUAAUUUUCAUAUGAUUCACUAAAAUAUCAAAUUUAGGGACUUCGGACUAUCUGAUUUUGAUUGGUUCAAUUAACAUAAAACUAUGAUUUUUAUUUUUUAUAUAUUUUUAGAAUUUGGUCUGAUUGAUCUAACCACCACUUAAACUGUUUCUGAUUGGACCAUUAUCUUCACCAAUUCAAUCUUGAAAACUAUUUGAAAAUUUCAAUCUAGGCCAAGCUCAAUGCAUGAGACUUGAGCUUUGACAAUUUGGAUGAACAAGGCAUUAUCAAGCACACAGUUCGUAAAAAAUGUGGGGUAGAGAAAGAAUUGAGCAAAUUGACCGUAACUCGUUCAACUUUAUUAUCAUAAAAAUGUGAUUUUAGCUAUAUUCACAAUAGUAACUUUAUUAUAAAAAAAAAAAAUGAUUUUAGCUAUACUCACUAUAGAUUGAUCUUGAUUUGGUGAUUGAAAAUAAAUAUUACUAUUUACAAGUUAUAUAUAUUUUUAGAUUAAACGUCAAAGCCCACACUUGUUGGAAAGGAGAGCCUUCUCCCCCUAUAAAGUUUGAGACAAAAUUGCAAAUGGUAUUUGAUGCUGUAAACCACCGAGCCAGAAGUUGUUAGCUAUGGCUGCAAAGGCCCGACCCAGCUCGAGCCCAACCCUAGUCCUCAUAGGGCCUGUCCAAGCCAAACCCAGCUCUUGGACCAUAUUUUUUCAGGCCCUGCGUGAAGCCCCACCCCGUAUUCUGUGGCCUUAGCCCUAGCCCUAGCUUUCGAGGGCAAAGUCCCACCCAACCGGGCCUUUAAGUGAUAUUUUGAGGCCCAAACCGAGUUAUCCAAGGCCAGGGCGAACCACCUGGUCCAUUGCGGUACAUUUGAACAAAAACAUGGGGAUAUUUAUGUCAUGAUUUUAUGGUGGCCACUAAAAUACCCUCCAAUAUUGUGUUCCUCUCUCUCUCUUUGUCUCUCCUCAUUGUUGCAGGGGCCUGAAACAGUAAGAGGGGACAAUUUUAGAGAGAGAGAGAGAGAAUAAGAUUCCGACCGGCGAAGAAAUGGGGAGGUACGAAGAACCUUCCUUCCUCCGGAGAUGAAUAGAAACACAGACCCAAUAUCAUCAUAGUUUGAAGCGAAGAUCCUAGAGAGAGAAAGAGCCCUCUCUAGGAGAUGCAGAACAUUGAAACCCAAGAUCCCCAGGAGAGAGAAAGAGGAGUAGCCCUAGCCCUAGCCCCAGUUACACUGAAAUAUAACCCCUAGAUCCUGUAAAGGUCGAGAGAGACUGAUCACGAAAUCCAAUACAAAAGCGAGACUAAUCACAAGAUCAGAGACAGUGAGUCACCCCCAAAGAUCUGAGAGAGAAAUACUAAUCAUAACAUCUUUGAGAGGGAGAUAGAGAGAGAGAGAGAGCAAUUUAUUGAGGCAAUGGCGGAGGCUGCAAAGGACCUAGCAGCAGGCACUGUGGGCGGGGUGGCGCAGCUCAUUUGCGGGCACCCAUUCGACACAAUCAAAGUGAAGCUCCAGAGCCAACCAGCUCCUGCCCCCGGGCGGCCCCUGAUGUACACGGGUGCCUUCGAUGCCGUGCGCAAGACCCUGGCUGCAGAGGGCCCCUUCGGCCUCUACAAGGGCAUGGGGGCACCGCUGGCAACCGUUGCCGCCUUCAAUGCCGUGCUGUUUACUGUCAGGGGGCAGAUGGAGAAGUUGCUGCGGUCCGAGCCGGGGGUGCCGCUCACCGUCCGGCAGCAGGUUGUGGCGGGGGCCGGGGCCGGCGUGGCUGUCUCGUUCUUGGCUUGCCCCACCGAGCUUAUCAAGUGCAGACUCCAAGCUCAAAGCGCACUCGCCACGGACCUUGUUGCUGCCGCUGCCACCCCAAAGUACUCGGGCCCCAUUGAUGUGGCUCGCCACGUACUCAAAUGUGAAGGUGGGGCCCUCGGCCUCUUCAAAGGUCUUGGGCCCACCCUCUCUCGCGAGGUCCCCGGCAAUGCUGCGAUGUUUGGCAUCUAUGAGGCUAUCAAGCAAUACUUUGCAGGAGGAACGGACACGUCAUCACUGGGGCGGGGCCCGCUGAUGGUUGCCGGAGGCACGGCUGGUGCCGUUUUUUGGGCCGCAGUUUACCCGACUGAUGUUAUAAAGAGUGUUAUUCAAGUCGAUGAUUAUAAAAACCCCAAGUAUUCUGGGGCCUUCGACGCUGGGAAAAAGAUUCUGAAGGCAGAGGGGGUGAGGGGACUCUAUAGAGGGUUUGGCCCUGCCAUGACGAGGAGUGUUCCUGCAAAUGCUGCAUGUUUCUUGGCAUACGAGAUCACGAGGUCGAGCCUUGGUUGAUAGUAAUAACUAGGCGGAAAAUUCAGAAUCCAGCAAACUUUUGGCCAGAAAUUACAAGCUUUGGUGUUGAAUUCAGCUGGAAACCUUUGGAUUCGGGUUAUUGGGGAGUUUGGGACUGAUUCUUUUCCUGGUUAGGAUAAUGGACGGUGGAAAAUUCGUUUUUGGGAUAACGGUUGGUGGAAUGGACAUUGUUCGGGUUUGGAUUUUGUAUCUGGUUGUGUUUGCAUUGAAAUUAAAAGGAAUUGGAAACAAACUUGGGCUCAAA